ACCGUUCCACCUAGCAACCACACCCUCUACGAAUCAACGCCUGCACAAAAUAUACAGCAGGCAACAUGUUCUCCCGGCAACAAGACCCCCCACUCGUCCUGGAUAAUUCUCUCAGCUUCUUCUUCAAUCAGCUACCCAAAGACCUCCGCUCGGGGAACCCAGAGCGCCAGUUCUGGAAAACCUGGCAGGGCCGUCUCUCCCUCUACAACUUCAAGUGCAAAUCAGAGCAGUACCGCCACGAACAGUGCUGGGGCUGGACUAUCAUACGCACCUCCUACAAAGACGACGAAAAGUUCAGGCAUGCCGUCUCUGCUAUUCACCGGCUGGGGCUGGCCCGCCUCGAGGAGGAAUACCUUGAGAGUAGGACGAGCGGACGCCCAGACAAUAGCGACGUGGAUGUUGUGGAUCAGAGGAUCGCCGAGAUACCGGGCCACCCGAACCUGCGCGAGCACGUGCAAAGGGCCUGGCACACCAUGGUCGAGGCCGCCAGGGGUGCUCUGCCCGCCGGGGAGCCGCUCACACCUGACUGGGUGAUCACGAACGAGCUGGCCAGGCGGUAUCACAACCACAUAGUGCAGGACAGGGACGCCCUCGAGGGGGCCAAAGCAUCCGAGGCCUGGAAACACGUGCGUGCCUUGGAUAUCGAGGAGGAAGAGCAAGGCGCCCGCGGCGCCCUGUUCGUCUACCUAGACGAGGAAUCUAUCGACCUCCUCGCGCGGGCCCCGGGCCCCGACGAGCUGGCGCGCAUGUCCCCCGACGACAGGGCCAGGACCGCGUGGCGGUCCUGGGUGAAGGUCGUGUCUACCGCGUGCGAGGUGGCUGGGGACGGGGAUGAUAUGGAUGAGAUGAUGGCGGACCCGCUGGCGAGACGGCGCGUGCGGCUCUAUGACUUCUUUGAGGUCUUUUUGCGCCUUUGUGAGGGGUGCCUGGAUGAGAUGGGUGUCGAGGGGGAGGGGCGGCGGGGGUUUGUGGAGGGGCCGAAGUGGACGUUUUGUCGAUUACCUGGGGCGAGCGGCAGGCGAGCGAAAUGGUUGGAUGAGUUUUAUGGAGAGGAGGACAUGGGGAGGUGA